UUAAGUCCCAUCCUACACUUUCAAAACAAAAUUUCAUAUUACCUUCUCUACUCUCUCUCUCACGCGAAACCCUACCACUCAACCCUUUCUUUCCCUCUCACCUUUGUGUCUGCAACCAAACUACACCCACAAAUAAAUCACAGAAACAUUACCCUUUCCUAUUGAGUUCACCCUCACCCACACCCCUAAACCACCCUCCUGCUUUCGAUCAACAAAAUGACCACCACCACCACCGUCGUCUGGUGGUGGUGCUACGACGAAACAGAGCGAGAGAAAGGGGAACGGAGGAGAGAGAGGGAACAGAGGAGAGAGAGGGACGCGACUGAGAGAGAUCGGGACACCGAUUUCCGGCGACGGAUCGCCGGUGACGAACGGCGGAGCACGACGGACGACAGACAAGCCGUCGUCCACGGCGGUGGUGGCGUUUUGAUUCCGAGAAGCAUUCCGGUCAACAAUCCAGCAGAUUUCGGAUCAGGAUCGCGGUUCAGAUUGUGGGUUUCGGUUUGGUUCAGGUUUCGGUCAAACACAGUCAACGGUUCGGACUCGGCUCAAACCGAGUCGACUCGGUCAACACCUGAGUCAACUCGGGUUAAACUUCGGUCAACAGAGCAGUUCGGGUCAACAGUCAAAGUCAGUCAACAGGAGUCAAGGGCAGUCGUCAAGUCAAACCCGGUCAGAUUCAGUUUGUUCAGUUCGGGCCAAUAGUAAAAGCCGAUCAAAUUCAUUCAACUGCGGUCAGCGGGUCAAUGCUAGUCAACAGAAGUCCGGUUCGAGUGUCGGUCAACUCCAGUCAACUGAGGUCAAACUCAGUCAACAUAAGACCCGGUAAAGUUGUUAGCGUAGCGAGUUAGACUACGUUAGAUUCUACUUAGUAUACGCGAACCGAGCUCAACCCGACUAACUAACGGUUUUACAUUUAGUGAUUUUGUUUCGUAUUCGACGUUUUGAUAUAUUUGACGUAAAACUUAUAUAA